CAUGCACCUAUGAACAAUUCAAUUGUUUUAAACUUUAAUAUAUCCACUUGGAGAUGAUUGUUAUCGUUCUUGAAUAAUAAUUGGAUUUAUACAAUAUAUUUAAUAGAUCAAUUAUCGUUUUAUUUCUUAGUAUUAUUUCAAUAACUGUAAAUGUUCUUUUCGCGUGUUAAAAAAUUAAUGAAAAAUUUAUGUUUAUUUACUUACAGAAUUCAUGGACAAAUAUUUUAUUAAAUCAAUUAAAGUAGUUUUCUAUACUUAUCGAAGAAUUCGUGCGAAAAAUGCGUUUGACAUUGUUUACAAAAAUUAUAAUCGAAUGGAUUCUUUGAUAUAAAAGUAAAACGGAUCAAAUUAAACUUAGUUGUUCUGCGAAUUUUUUAACGUGAUUUCUAUUUAAUAAAACAGAAUGUUUUCUUUGGUUAUGAAUUUAUGCCUUGCUGGAUUAACUUUGGCUGCAGUAACCGAAAAAGCCAAGUACACAACAAAAUACGAUAAUGUUAAUCUAGAAGAAAUCGUACACAACGAUAGACUUUUAAAAAAUUAUGUAGAUUGUCUUUUGGAAAAAGGAAAAUGUACUCCGGAUGGAUUGGAAUUGAAGAAAAAUAUGCCUGACGCCAUUGCAACCGAUUGCAGUAAAUGCAGCGAAAAGCAGAAAGAUGGGUCUGAAUAUAUGAUGAGAUUUUUAAUUGACAAUAAACCUGAAUAUUGGAAUCCUUUGCAGGAGAAGUACGACCCUUCAGGAACUUAUAAACAGAGAUAUCUCGAGACUAAGAAACAGGAAGUUAAAGUUGAACCUAUUACCAAAACCUAAAAUAACAGACCAGUGACACGGAAUCUUCGGAAUAAAUGCUUCAAAUCAAAAUUUAUGCUUCAACAAGUAGUACUUAUAUGUAGAUUAUAACGCGUUUUUAUAUAGUUUAGUCAAUUCCUUUAAUAAUUAAAAAACGUAUAUUUUGUAAAGUUAAUUUAUUGGAAAUAUAUUGAAAA